ACUACGUGGCAUAUUUUUGAAAGACUUGAUGAUCAAUUUAUUAUUUUUUGUUUUGGCUUUCUUAUUUUUUUCAAUCAGUGCUGACCAGACCACUUGUGGUAGUUGUUUAACGAGUGAAGAACAAUAAAUAACUGUCGUGUGAAAUAAUUUUAAUUAGUCGAUAACAUGAGUGGAAGAAACCAGAAUGGAUCAGGAGCCACUGGUAGAUCAACAAAAGAUACUGAAAAUGGAGCAGAAAAUAAUUUUAAUCCAUUUGUUGAAAGAAAAAUUGAAGAUCCAACAACAGACAGAGAUACACUUGCUCAUCUAUUGAAGGCUUCACUUGGUACUGGUAUUUUGGCAAUGCCAUGUGCAUUUAGAAGUUCUGGUCUUGCACUUGGAAUUAUAUCAACAAUUGUCAUAUCAUUUAUCUGCACAUAUUGUGCUUAUAUUUUGGUAAAAUGUGCUCAUGUAUUGUAUUAUCGAACAAUAAAAACACAAAUGAGUUAUGCUGAUGUUGCAGAAACAGCAUUAAAAGUUGGACCAAAACCAUUUCAAAUAUUUGCCAAACCUUUGAGAAUAUUUGUUGAUGUUGGUUUAUUUGUCACAUAUUUUGGAGCAUGUAUUGGCUAUACUGUUAUUGUUGCAACAAGUAUUCAGCCAGUUGUUAAUUAUUAUCAAGGCAUACCAGAUAAUCCAAAUGAAAGACCAUUAUUAAUUCUUGGUUUAUUAUUGGUUCCUUUUAUUUUAUUAACAUUAAUACCAAAUUUAAAAAAAUUAACACCAGUAUCAAUGACUGCAAAUGUAUUUAUGUUUAUAAGUCUUUGCACAAUAUUAUCAUGGAUAAUAUACAAUAUGAAAUUUAAUGAAGCUAAAAAUUCAGAUAAAUUUAGAUUAUUUGGUGUAGCUGAACCUGAUGUAUCAUGGUACUCAAAAUAUCCAACGACAUUUGCAAUAACAAUAUUUGCAUUAGGUGCUAUUGGUGUUGUUAUGCCACUUGAAAAUAAAAUGAUGACACCACAAAAUUUCAUUGGUCCAUUUGGUGUAUUAAAUAAAGGCAUGACAUUCGUCACAAUCAUGUAUAUGAUUGUUGGAGUUUUUGGAUAUUUACAUGAUCCAGCAAAUAAAAAAGACAUGGUCAUGCUUGAGAUGCCAAUUGAUAGUGAAUUUUUACUUCUACGUUUAAUUUCACAAGGAGUUAGAAUACUUGUUGCUUCAGCAGUUUUUUGUACUUAUAGUUUACAAUUUUUUGUAUGUCUUGAUAUUUCAUGGUCUUGGAUAAAAAAAUAUUUUACAAAACAUGAAAAUAUUGCUAAUUACAUUUUAAGAAUUGUUCUUGUUUUUAUGAGUGUUAUACUGGCUAUGAUUUGUCCACAUAUUAAUAUAAUAAUGGGUCUUAUUGGAGCAUUUUGUUUGUCAAUAAUGGGACUUUUAAUUCCAGUUGUUAUUGAGUCAAUAACAUUUUGGAGCUGUGAUUCAACUUGUCGACGUUUAUUAAGAACUAGUAAAAAUAUUGUAAUUGGUAUUGUUGCAAUUUCUGCACUUUAUUUUGGAACAAGUGGUGCUUUCAAUGAUCUUAUGAAAGUAAUAAAUCCAACUGAAUAUGCAGAAGUUGGAUUUAUCAAGAAGGAAAAAUUUGAUCCAUUUACUGAGAGAAAAGUGGAAAAUCCAACAACAGAUGGAGAAACAUUAACUCAUUUAUUAAAAGCAUCACUUGGUACUGGAAUUUUGUCAAUGGGUUGUGCCUUCAGAAGUUCUGGUCUUGCACUUGGUAUAAUAUCAACAAUUCUCAUUGGAUUUAUCAGCACAUACUGUGCUUACAUCUUGGUAAAAUGUGCACAUAUUUUGUAUCAUAAAUGCCAUAAAACUCAAAUGAGCUACGCUGAUAUUGCUGAAGCAGCUUUAGCAGUUGGACCAAAACCAUUUAGAAAAUUUGCUAAAUUAUUAAGUUGGAUAAUUGUUGUAUUAUUAAUUCCAAUAAUACUCCUAACAUUGAUCCAAGAUCUUAAAUAUCUUGCACCAGUAUCAACAAUUGCAAAUGGUUUGAUGUUUGGUGGUUUAACAAUAAUUUUCAUUUGGCUUGUAACAGAGUUAUUUGGAAAAGAUUUAAUACAUCAAAAAGGUUUUAAUUGGAUUGGAAUUGAUGAAAAUAAAUCAUUGUCAUUGUCUUGGUAUUCAAAGUAUUCAGAAACAUUUGCAAUAACUAUUUUUGCAAUGGCUGCUAUUGGAGUUGUAAUGCCACUUGAAAAUAAAAUGAAAACACCAAAGAAUUUCCUUGGUCCAGUUGGAAUAUUAAGUAAAGGAAUGAUAUUUGUUACAAUUAUUUAUAUGAUUGCUGGUAUUUUGGCUUACUUGAAAGAUCCAAUUGCAACAACUGAUGUUAUAACACUCGAAAUGCCUAUGGAUGGAACUUUUUUGACGAGUUUUAUGGCACAAGCUGCAAGAAUUUUAAUAAGCUUAUCAGUAUUUUCAUCUUACUGUUUAUGCUUAUUUGUUUGUCUUGAAAUUAUUUGGAAUCUUAUUAAAAAUAAUUUUACAGAUAAUCCUAAAAGAGCUAAUUAUAUUUUAAAGCUAAUCCUUGCUGUUGCCAGUGUAAUGCUGGCAUUUUUCUUUCCAAAUGUUAUUGCAAUUCUUGGAAUAAUUGGUGCAUUUUUCCUCUCAAUAUUGGGUCUUCUUGUACCAGUUAUUAUUGAAACAAUAACAUACUGGGAAGAUGACAAUCAUCGUGUAUUACGAGCACUUAAAAAUAUUGUCAUAGCUAUUGUUGCAUUAAAUGCACUUUAUUUUGGAAUAAGAUUAGGAAUUUCGACAACGAAAAAUAUAAUGAAUGAUAGUGUGGCUACAAUUGUUAAGGAUAAAGUUGAAAUGAAUAAUUAUUCAACUUUUAGAAAUAAUGAAACUCAGAUAAUAGCACGUGAUGCUGAAAAUGGAGUUAAUAUUCAGAAAAAAUUCGAUCCAUUUGCAGCGAGAAAAGUUGAAAAUCCAAUGACAGAUGGUGAUACAUUGACACAUUUAUUAAAGGCAUGUCUUGGUACUGGAAUUUUAUCAAUGCCAUGUGCAUUUAGAAGUUCUGGUCUUGCACUUGGAAUUAUAUCAACAAUUGUCAUAUCAUUUAUCUGCACAUAUUGUGCUUAUAUUUUGGUAAAAUGUGCUCAUGUAUUGUAUUAUCGAACAAUAAAAACACAAAUGAGUUAUGCUGAUGUUGCAGAAACAGCAUUAAAAGUUGGACCAAAACCAUUUCAAAUAUUUGCCAAACCUUUGAGAAUAUUUGUUGAUGUUGGUUUAUUUGUCACACAAUUUGGAGUCUGCAUAGCAUUUGCUGUUAUUGUUGCAACGAAUUUUAAACAAGUUGUUGAUUAUUAUCAAGAUGGUGAUUUUAUUAAUAUAAGAUAUUUCAUUGCUGGUUUAUUAAUUCCACUUGUUCUAUUGACACUAAUACCAGAUUUAAAAAAACUUGCACCAGUGUCAAUGAUUGCAAAUAUAUUUAUGCUAAUGAGCCUAUUAAUAAUAUCAUACUGGUUAAUUAAAAAUUUAAUUUAUCAUAAUUAUAAAAAUUCAGAAAGCUUUCAAUGGAUUGGAAUUAAAGAAAAUCAAACAUUAUCUAUUUUUUGGUAUUCGAAAUAUUCACAAACAUUUAGUAUAACAAUAUUUGCAAUUGAAGCAAUUGGCAUUGUAAUGCCGCUUGAAAAUAAAAUGAAAUCUCCUAAAAAUUUUAUUGGUCCUUUUGGUGUAUUGAGCCAAGGAAUGAUUUUAGUUACUAUCAUGUAUAUUAUCAUUGGACUAUUGGGAUAUUUAUUCAAUCCAAUAUCAGAGUAUCCAAUGAUUACACUUGAGAUGCCAAUGAAAACUAGUGAUUGUCUUGAAAGCAUCUUAGCACAAGCAGUUAGAAUUCUCGUUGGAUUAGCAGUAUUUUUUAGCUUCUGCUUGCAAUUUUUUGUAUGUCUUGAUAUUGCUUGGUCAUGGAUUAGAAAACAUAUUUCGUGUAAUCCAAAAUCAGCAAAUUAUAUUUUAAGAAUUUCUCUCGUCACCACAAGUGUUUUUUUUGGAAUAAUAUGUCCUGAAAUAUUGCCACUGAUUGGUCUCAUUGGUGCAUGUUGCUUAUCAAUAUUAGGCCUUCUUGUACCAGUCAUUAUUGAAACAAUAACAUAUUGGAAUGAUGAUACAAUAGUAUGGCGAAUAUUGAGAACAAUGAAAAAUAUAUUUAUCACAAUUAUUGCAGCUCUUGCAUUUUAUUAUGGCACCAGUGAUUCACUCAAUGACAUUAGACUACAUUUAUUUAAUAUUAAUUAAAUUUUUUAGUUAAAAAAUUUAGGAAAUUAAUUAAAUACAUUUAGGAAAUUUUU